AUGGCGGACGGACACUCUUCCCGGGCGUCUGCCUCAGGAAACACCGGGACCGAUGUCCCUUCAUCUUCUGGAGCCUCCCAGGUUGAGGACUUACUAGCCCUACCGGGACGGAGGGCUUUACGACGUCUGGUUCCCGGAAAAGCGGAACCAGGCUCUUAUUGGUUUAACUUGGAUAAUUGUGUCGGUCGGAGUGUUUCCGACACAAUUAAGAGUCAUUUCGUUGAGCCGCACUACAACUGGAGCAAGGUGUCGCAAGAGACGUUCGACACCUGGUACAAGUGCUUCGCGCAACGGUGGAACUGGGACAUCGGGAUCAACGAGACGGUCCGCGAAGCUUUCCGGCUGAAGGCGCAGAAACGCCUAGUCAACACCGUUUCCGAUUGGAAGCGGAAGUGGGAGACCGAUGGUGACGACGCAAAGCCGAGCUCCAUGUCCACUUUCUGUUGGAACGGGUUGAAGGCGUAUUGGCUGGACCCGCAUGCCCAAACCAUUGCGGCUAAGUGUUCGGCCGUCCGAAACCGGAUCGGUCCUGACGGUCAGAAGUUAGUGACCCCGCACAUUUCUGACCAAAUAUCUUUUGCGGGAAGACGUCUCAUGAUGGAGGAUCCAAGUCAUCUUCGCCAGGAGCUUGCUACGGCCAAUGCUGAGAUCACCACUCUCAGGCAUGAGCAAGUGCCCCAGAAGCCGGAGCUCACCGAGAUUCACGAUCUCUUUAACAUCAUUGCGGAAGCGGUUCCGCAGUUGGCCACCGCAAUCUGA